UCUCUCUGUUAAAUUUAAAGUUUACUCUUUUUGGAUUACUUUUUUUCUCACUAAAAAAAACAUGUCCUCCCAAGCAGUAGUCUGCGAUUGAACACGCUUUGUAUUUUUGUUUACUUAUUUAUUUGUGUUUUAUUUCUGUGUUGUUAAAAUAUAAAUUUUAAAAAACGCCACCUGGACAGUCCUGUGACAAAACCGUGACGUCAGCGUUGCCAGCGUGGAACGAAGGCACGUCGCACGUCAGGUCCAGGAAGUAAACUCUCCGGUUCAGUCUGCAGGAAACUAAAAGAAGUCGGAGCGGUAAAUACGUGUCCAAUUCAACAUUUCAGCACACAGCCCUCCAGACCGGACACUGCCGCGUGACAUAGCUACAGAUUUUCUGCAUCCGUUUGUGCGGGGUGCACAGCCGGCCAGCCUGUCAGCUGAGUAGUGAAGCGAGCACUCGCAUAUCAAAGAAUAUGGUGGACUCCACGUUGGAUCAAGUGGGAAAAAAUCUGAGUGAAGCCAUGAGGUUCCUGGGAGAGGAACAGAGAGAGCCGGAGGCAGCAACAGAGAGACAGCAUUUCAGCAGAAGCUGCAUCCCUGGACCCCUUCAGGGAGAUGGUCAGGAUGUUGCCACUGUACUGCGCCUGGUUCAUAACCUUAUUCAUGAAGAGGAGGACGAAGAGGAUAAACCCAGUCAGAACAGGAUGCAGAAUGUGGGUGAACACGGUCAGAUGGCAUUGCUGGGUCACAGCCUGGCAGCCUACAUCUCAAUGAUGGACAAAGAACAACUGCGAAAGCUGACCACUCGGAUCCAGUCUGACACCACCCUGUGGCUCUGCAGGCUCUUCAGGUAUGAGAAUGGGUCUACCUGCUUUCAUGAGGAUGACAGGGAUGGCCUUGUAAAAGUGUGCCGGCUCGUUAUCAACGCUCGCUAUGAAGAAUAUGCCACUGAGGGUUAUGUGGUCCUAAACACCAGGCAGCCAGUCAUCUAUCAGAGUGCCUCCUGCAGGCCUGGUCUCGGACAGCAUCUGUGCAGCCAGCUUGGCCUGCCUCUCUCCAGUUUGUGCACAGUGCCAUGCAACACCCUCUUUGGAUCCCAACACCAAAUGGAUGUUGCCCUGUUGGAAAAACUCAUCAAAGAGGACAUAAAUGCAGGGAAGCUUCCUUUGUUGCUGAUUGCCAAUGCAGGUACCCCUGGAGCAGGGCACACAGACAAGUUAGGUCGACUGAGGGAACUGUGUGAUCAGUACAACAUGUGGCUUCAUGUAGAGGGGGUUAAUCUGGCGAUCCUAGCACUGGGUCAGGUCACCUCUUCUAUCAUGGCAGCCACCAGAAGUGACAGUAUGACACUGACACCAGGUCCGUGGCUAGGACUGCCGGCUGUGACUGCUGUCACCCUCUACAGACAUGAAGACCCUGCACUGUCUCUGGCAGCAGGUUUAACUUCCAGCCACCCUGUGGAGAAGCUACGGGCACUGCCUCUCUGGCUCUCCCUACAGUACCUUGGUCACAAUGGAAUUGUUCAGAAGAUAAAACACGCUACUACUCUGAGCCAGCUGUUCCUUCAGAAAGUACAAUCUCUAACCUGUAUCAAAACAUUGGUUGAGGAUGAAUCAGACUCUCCUGUGGUGCUAUUCAAAUUUAACCAAGAAGAAAGUACUGCAUCCAGUGAGAGUUUCUGUGCUGGAGAAAAAGAGGUCCUUGAUGCCUUCAACAGAUGGCUGGGUGAAGAGCUGGCUGAACUUGUUCCCACCAGUGGAAUAGAUGUGGUGGAGCUUGAAGACGAGGGCACCUGUGUACGCUUCAGUCCCCUCCUGACAGCUGCAGUUCUGGGGACCCGGGAAGAGGAUGUUGAGUCCAUUGUGGAGAAAAUGACAGAGCUGGUAUUUGUAAUGAGCUCCACAAUGUCCCUCAGAGAAGACUUCAGAGAGGAAACACACAAACGUUCACCCUCACUCAGAUACAUAAACGAGUUCGCCUGGCCUGGACUGGGAGUUGUCCGGUAUGAGAUGCAGGCUAAUGGAAUGGAUGAGGACAGGAAGAAGCAGGAGCAGGAGAAAAUUAACACUGAGCUACUCAAGAAACUGCAAGAGCUUGACACUGACAUCCUGUUUUCCACUGGCCCUGAGUUCGUGACAGAGCAGGGCUGCAUUUUUGUGGGAAUGGUGACAGAUGAUGUUGAUGUGUCAGACCUGGUGGAUACAAUAGCUGCCCUGGGCAGGGACAUAGAGGAGAGCGGGAAGGUGCUGCAGAACAUGACAGAGGUGGUGAGGAAAGGCAUCCUGGAGGCAGAGCUGCAGCUGCAAAAGGCUAACGAGGAGAAACUCAUGGAGGAGGGAAUGCUGAGACAGCUUCCUGUGGUUGGCUCUGUGUUAAACUGGUUCUCUCCGAUCCAAAGCUCCAUAAAGGGACGGACAUUCAGUCUUGCAGCAGGUUCUCUGGAUUCCACAGAAGUGACUUACUCCACCAAAGCCCAAGCUGACAGGCCAUCCCUGCAGGACACUCCCAUUUCUUCAUCAAAGAAACUGCCAGGUCAGAAGUUAUUUCGACGUGCAGGCGCGAGCACAGAUUUCACUGAAACCAGCUUCACACAGGCUGAGGCAUCAUUCCAGGAGGAAAAUCCUACUGGGAUCGGCAGCAGCAUCAACCCUCCGAUCUCUGCACCUACACCAGAGACACCACAUCACACCUCAGGCGAUUUGGUACCAGAGAAAAACCUGAAGUCGUCUUCUGAGAUCGAUGACUUGGAAGCCUCAGAAGAGAUGCACCCUGAAGGCCAAGAGGCAGAAGGGAGCACAAGAUAGGAUGACUGUUUCUGCAGGUUUUCUAACCAUCUUAGAGCAACCAGCCUAAAAGAUGCUUUAAAAAAAGUUACUGUGUAAAAUAUAAAUAAAAACAGAAUGCAAUGAUUUGCAAAUCUCAAACUCAGAACACAGAAAACAUGUCAAAUGUUUGAACUGAGAAUAUAUCAUUUUAAGAAAGAUGCUAGCUCAUUUUAAAUGUAAUGGCAGCAACGUGUCUCAAGUAGGGCAACAAAAGUCUGGAAAAGUGACACAAAGCAGGACAACUUGCAACUGCAGUAAUUAACUGGCAACAAUUCAGUAGCAUGACUGGGUAUGAAAAGAGCUUCUUAGAUUGACAAAGUUUCUCUGAAGUAAACAUGGACAGAGGUUCACCAAUCUGCAAAAAACAGCUUUAUUCUAAAAUUAUGGAGCAAUUUGAGAAUAUCUCUGUGGCUAGCAUUCCAAACAGUUCAGAACAAACAGAAAAUACAGCAAAGACAACCCCAGGACUGUUGAGCAGAUACUCUUCUUUCAGACAAGAAUAGGGCAGCUCUCGUCUCCCAAAGGUCAAGCCUCCUCGUUUCCCAGACAUUUACAGAUUGUUAAAAGAAGCUGGGAUGCUACUCAGUAUGAACCUGUGCCAAAUUCCAAGUUAUGUUGCUGUCAUCAAAUUCAAAAUGACUGUUGAAUGUUUUCCAUCAGAUGUAGGUGCAUUGAAUUAUGAUCAGCUGAGGCAGUCAUCAGUGCUACCUGUCAGUUGAUUAUAACGUUUUAGUGUAGAUUUUUCUAUCAAACGGGGGAUGGGCUGGAGUUUCUGUCAGCUGAUUCAUCUGGUGUUGGAUUACAGAGCAGAGGAGCAGCCAUAUUAUAGAUUUCUUUUCAGAUUUCAAAUAAAAUAUUUAUUAGAACUCUGGAAAUCAAGCAGCUUAAAGUUAGUUUUGACCCCCUUACUGUGAAUGGUUGAAGCAAAUGAUAUGCAUGAUAUGCAUAUGUAAAAUACCAACUGAUAUAUUGCCUUCAAACAUUCUCUUCAUGUGUGCGUUAACAUACAACAGUAAGAGUCAAUUUGAAUUUGACAGCAAUAAACAAUCUUUUCUAUAAAAACAUUUCCCCUAUUAACAAACACAGUGCACAUUAGCCAGAGCUGUGUGAAGCAGAAUCUGAUUAUGGGACAUGUGACAUGUUCCCGUUUUUAUUCACAAAAUGUACUUUUGACUCUUCUCUUACCACAAGGGGUUGCUACAGAGCGAUUUAUGCCAGAUGCCUUUCCUGACUCAGUCUCAAAGGGUAUAUGUGUAUCCAGCUGGAAUUGAACCAGCAAACUUUCACUUGCCAAGCAAAAGUGUGAACACUACACUAGAAAACUACUUUUUACACAAUAAUGGAACCUGAGCAAAAAGUGGGCUUCUGCCACAGAGAAGCUUUGCCUCAGGUAUUCACUGUAUGAGGGAGAAUACUCUUCUCUCCAAAAUAUUAUCCUUAAAAUGUAAGUACUAUAUCAGAGGGACAAUCGGGGUUAGGGUGCUUUGUUUUUUCAGUUUCACCGGUUGCCUGUAUCUUAUGUCUUACUCUUACUUACAGGCUACGUGAACAUACUGUAUGCAUUUUCUUUUUUUUUUCUUUUUUUUUUAAACCUGUCCCGUUUGGCUCUUUUUGCCAUCAGAAUUAUUGUCUAAAGGCGAAGAAAGAUGCCCAACGGAUUUACUUUACCAAAUGGACCAUCCCAGCCUUGCCGUAAUGGUCCAUUUGAUUUACCUUUUAUUGUUUAUUUUAUUUUAUUUUUUUAUUUUUACUUGCUAGAUACGGGACAGGGGAAAAGAAAAGGGAGAAAGAAAGAGGGGCAAAAAAAAAAAAAAACAGCUGUAUGCAUUUUCUAUUACUUACAAAA